AUGCAUCACCAGUUCGCGCGCCUCGUGCCCACCGCCCGCCCCGCGCUGCCGCCGAUCCACGGCGGAGCCGUCUGCCGGAGCUCUCCGCCCGACUACCGGGCCGUGGCGCUUCGCCGGGCGCCGGGCGCCUCCGCGGCUGGCCCGCGCGCGUGCCGCCCCCUCGCCGUCUCCGCCCAAUCCAUCAGCCCCCAAGCCGGCUUGAGGCUGGAGGAGAAGUUCUUUGAAGUGGAGAUGAAGGUGCGUGACUAUGAACUUGACCAGUACGGUGUUGUCAACAAUGCUGUCUAUGCUAGCUACUGCCAACAUGGUCGUCACGAGCUGCUUGAGAGUGUAGGCAUUAGUGCGGAUGCAGUGGCGCGCAGUGGGGAGUCGCUGGCCCUCUCUGAACUAAACCUAAACGGCAACAAGUUUGUUGUUAAGGUGAGGCUUGCGGGCAUCAAAGGUGUACGGAUGAUAUUCGAGCACGUCAUUGAGAAGCUGCCUAAUCACGAGCUAAUUCUGGAGGCAAAGGCAACAGCUGUUUGCCUGAACAAAGACUACUAUCCUACCCGUAUUCCUCGUGAACUAUUGUCCAAGAUGCAGCUCUUCUCAUCCGAGGACAGCAGAGGGUCAAAUGAAGACGUUAAUAAUCGAAUAACAGCUGCAACUAAUUUUGGAGGCAAAGACAAGGGCUAUUGUCUGAACGAAAGAGUACCAUCCUAUCUCCAAAAUUAUUCGUUGUUUGGUACAGAAAGCUCUUCUUACUCUGGGGGAAUGCAUCUGCAUGUUGUAUUAAGAACAGGAAAGGAAAUUGUCGGAUGUAGGAUCAUGAGGUGCUGA